GAGGCUACCCUGGGGAGCGCGGCCCCGCGGGGGGCGGCAGGUGUCCCCGACGGGGUGGGGGGAGUCUGGCUCCCCAUCCCCCCCGAUCUCCUCCUCCCAGCGCGUUCAUCCUCCAGGGUCCCUGCCCAGCCCCGCAAGGCCGGUCCCCCGCGCCCUUCUCCGGCCCCCGCUCCGUCCUCCCCGGCUUCCCACAUCCACCUGCACCCCUUUCCGGGUCCCGCAGCCCCCCGCUCCCCUUGUACCCCUCCCCGCAGCACACUACACUCCGCCUGCCUCGCUACAGCGCCCCCUGGCUCCCUGCACCCCCUUCCCUGGCUCCCCGCAGCCCCUCCGUCGUUCCUUUCCUGAUGGUGGUUUUGCUCAUUUAUUUUUGAGACGCAGACCGUGUUUCCCGUCUCCUCUGCGCUUGGGUCACCGGGAGUGUCACCGCCCCACACCCUCCUCGGGGUCCCUUCACGGCGACCUCCAAGCGCUAGGCAGCCCCUCCUGCACCAGCGCUACAGACUGCCUCACUCCCACAGAGAGCUAGGGCCCAGUCCCUGCUUGCUGGCAGCAAUUCCCUCAACCCUGGCUCCUGAGAACCCAAACGCUGCAUGACUGAUGGAUCCAGUGCAGAAGGCGGUGAUUAACCACACCUUCGGGGCGCCCCUCAGCAAGGCCCGGCGCCCCGUCAUCUCCUGCAACGUCUGCCAGAUCCGCUUCAACUCGGAGAGCCAGGCCGAGGCGCACUACAAGGGGAACCGACACGCCCGGCGCGUCAAGGGCAUGGAGGCGGCCAAGACGCGGCAGAAGGAGUCGGGGCCCCGCGAGGGUGACAAGCCGGGGCCCGUGGGCAGCCCCAUGUCCAGCGUCAGCGAGAGCGACUCGGACAAGCCAGCCGAGCAGCAGAAUGGGCUGGGAGUGACAGUGCCCUCGGCACCCGCCUCACCCUUCAAGCCACCCUACCUGGCAUCUCCGGUCCCAGCCGUGCCACCCUACCAGGCCUCCUUUGCCGAAGCGAGCCAGGAGCCCAGAGGCACGCUGGCCAUGGGGGACGUGGCAUCAGCGCCCGCUGGCACCUCUGUGCCCAGCAGCAAUGGCAGUGCGGGGCCAGGGGCGGCCUCCAAGUCAGACGAGGAGAAGGCCAAGAAGCUGCUGUACUGCGCCCUCUGCAAGGUGGCCGUGAACUCCCUGUCGCAGCUGGAGGCCCACAACAAAGGUACCAAGCACAAAACCAUCCUGGAGGCGCGCAGCGGGCUGGGACCCAUCAAGGCAUACCCACGGCUGGGCCCCACGGCCAGCGGGGAGCCAGGCAGCCAGGACCCCAAUGCUCAGGAGCGCACCUUCCACUGUGAGAUCUGCAAUGUCAAGGUCAACUCGGAGAUCCAGCUCAAACAGCACAUUUCCAGCCGGAGACACCGGGAUGGGGUAGCCGGGAAGCCCAACCCCCUGCUGAGCCGGCACAAGAAGCAGCGCAGCUCAGCCGAGCUGGGGGGCCCCCUGGCCUUCCCCAAGGACCUGCCCAAGUCGCUGGCGGCCGGACUCCUGCCCAGCCCCUUGGCCAUGGCAGCAGCGAUGGCAGCCGCGGCCUCCGCCCCCCUGACGCUGCGCCCAACGCCCCCACUCCUGCAGGGGCCCCCCCUAACGCACCCACUGCUGCGUCCAGCCCCGGGGCCCAUCAGAACUGCUCACGGGCCCAUCCUCUUCUCGCCGUACUGACGCCCGCUGCUGUGCCCCUCGACGCCCACCUCUGCUGGACCCGCCCGGCGCCCACCCGAGCUCCCGGGAGCUUGGCGGGGGCUGGGUGGGGCUUGGGGCCUUUCGUUUGUGGCUUUUUAACUGGAAUUCGGAUCCUUUUUCCCCAGAAGAAAAGGGACAAGCCCAUCCCCCGUCCGCCCCCCAGCUCCGUCCCCCCAGGACCAGCCAACUCUGCACAAGUGCUGGGCCCCCCGGGGAAGCGGCCGAGGGGACCCCCACAGCCCCCUUCAUUGCUCUUUUCUCCCUGGUACCAAGGGUGGGGGGGAUCUGAAUCUUGGGAGAAGGACUGGGGAAGGGAGAAGCCCCCCCAUCGGACUCCAUGGAGUGUCAGGUUGGGGGGCGACCCCAGAUCGGGGGGAGGGUCCCCCGGUACCUCAGGGAACUGAUCGCAAGCAAUCUCUUUUGUAUCUCUCUCUCCGCGGGGAGGUGCCCCCGUCCCUCCCAGAGCUGGGGGGCUCCCUACAGCCCCCCCAGCAGGAUCCACGCGGGGCCAGGGAGCCCUCCAGCCACACAAGCCAUGUCCACUUGCACUGAGAGGUGCGAAGCUGGGAGCCCAGGGAUGCCCAUCCCCCCUGGGCUCACGGCCCGCCCGGCCCGCCAGGAGAACGGACACCAUUGCAAUAACGUUGGGGCCUGGGCCGCCCCGUGUACAUAGCACCCCCCACCCUCCCCCGUGCUUCCUCCAGCUGCCACCACGGCCCCUGGCCAGCAGCCUGUGGCUCACACUGUGCCCCCCGCGCCCGCCCCUCUACCCUUCGGGGCAGGAGCUUUGUAUCUAGAGGUAGCGCCCUUCCCCCCCCUCCCCCCGUCCCUCGGGAGCCACUGGCUGGGCCUGGCCUGAGCCCCCUGCCGUGCGGCCAGGAGGUUGAGGGGAAGCCCCAAGCUUGGGUGAUUUUAUCAGCUGUGCUGAGAAUGAGGGGGAUGUCCCAGCUGGCGGGAGGGAGGCUGGGGAUGGCCGCCCCGUGGGGCAAGGCUGGAUGGGGGCCCCCCCAAGCAACACCCUGUGGGGCACCUGCUCGGAUGCUGCAGGGGCGGAGCCCUGGCAGGACCCUGGGGGUCUGAUCCAAGUGAGGCAGGGGAACCCAUCCUGGGCCGCGUGGGUGCCCAGCUGUCACCCUUCUGGGGCUGCAGCCCACACUAGGCCCUGCCCCCCUCUCCCCUCACAGCCUGAGGGGUUCAGCCCAGGCAUUGGGCACAAGCUGAAUCACCCUUUGCCCUGCCAUGGGGCCCCUGCUACCCCAACAGGGAGUAGAGGUGGGGGUCCCUGUGCCAGGGAGCAGGUGGUGCCCCAAGUUCCAGCCAGGAACCCCCCCCCCAUGUGUAGGGGGUCAGCUGGCCAGCCCCUAGCUCAAAUACAUGGGUUGGAGGGGCGGGGCUUAGGGUUUGCAGGAAAUAGGGGGUGCUCCUUGGGGGCCAGGGGAAGGGAUGGGGU